GACCCACCUGGUCCAGGAAAUCACAGAAGGGCAGAAUAUAUAGAAGCUGCCUUGGCAUAAAACACGUUGCCCACUCAGUCACCCACAGGAGCACGGAAGAUGGAGAACUGGAUCCUGCUGAUACUCAGCCUUGCCGUGGCAGCCACAGCGCUGAGUCCUCCGCAAGAGGGGCUCAGCUACGAGGAGGCCAUUUCCUUGGCUGUGGACCGCUACAACCAAGAGCCAGGGUUGGAGCUGGCCUUCCGACUCCAAGAAGCCAAGCCCCAGCCAGAGUGGGACCCCUCGGGCCAGUCACUCCAGGAGCUGGAAUUCACAGUGCAAGAGACCACGUGCCCACCCGCCAAGCAGCUGAAUCUGGACGAAUGCGACUUUAAGGACGACGGGGUGGUGAAGGAAUGUUUUGGAACCAUCUUUUCUGAGCAAGGGGCUCCCGUCCUCCAACUCAAUUGUGAAACUGCAGGCCAGGGGCACAUCCGUGUCCGGAGAGGCGGCUUUCGCAAGUUUGUCAAGAAAGUCAAGAAGGCCUUUAAGAAAGCCACCCGUCCUCUAAGAAGAGGUCAUUGCCCCCGCAGUCAUCCACGGAAGAUGGAGAGCUGGAUCCUGCUCUUGCUUGGCCUCGCCGUGGCAGCCGUGGCAUUGCCACCUCCGCAAGAGGAGCUCAGCUACGAGGAGGCCGUUUCCUCGGUUGUGGAUCUCUACAACCAAGAGCCAGGGGUGGAGCUGGCCUUCCGACUCCUGGAAGCCAAGCCCCAGCCGGAGUGGGACCCCUCGGGCCAGUCACUCCAGGAGCUGGAAUUCACAGUGCAAGAGACCACGUGCCCACCCGCCAAGCAGCUGAAUCUGGAUGAAUGCGACUUUAAGGACGACGGGGUGGUGAAGGAGUGUCACGGAACCAUCUUCACCGAGCAAGGGGCGCCUGUUAUCCAGUAUCUUUGUGAAACUGCAGACCAGGGGCACAUCCGUGUCAGGCGGGGCCUUGGGAAAAUAGUAAAGAAAAUCAAGAACAAGAUUAAGAAGGGGAUCAAGAAAGUUCUUCCGGGAGGAGGCUCCAGCAUUGCACAAGGACCUGGUGGUAGCAAGACGCACUAUGCAUGAAGAGCCUAAAUGGGUAGUGCCGAGAGGGCUGAUUCAACGCCGGGGCCAGUCCGGGAGCUGGCAGAGAGGAUCCCGGCAGAGUUUCCAUUUCCCAGCAUUGGGCGCAGCUUGCAAAGAAGGCCUUCCAAGCAAUGACUUAAUACCGUGCAGUUCUCGCAAAAACUCUUUAUCAGUUUC